UGGCCAUGUCAGUUUCAGAGUGCAACUCCUUCCCUCUGGGGAACUCUGCAUCCAGGGAGGGAGGGGGAAUCUGUUCACUUGUAGCAACUGGAGUGAAUCCAGGGAGGGAGCAGACUCUGCAAACUAAAGAGAAUUUGAAGAUCUGAAGACAGAAGUUUCAAAAUCAACAGGUGAAGACCUUAUGCCCGAAACGUUGAUUCUCCUCCUCGGAUGCUGCCUGACCUCCUGCGCUUUUCCAGCGCUGCACUUUUCAACACUGACUCUUCAGUGACUGCAGUCCUCACUUUGAUGUCAAUGUCUGACAGUCACUCAGUCCAUUGGGAACGCAACGGUUUUCAACUCUGAUUCUGUGAGAAGGAGCAAAGCAUUUUGGUUCCUGUUUGGGUACAUUUUCAGCAUCAGUGGGACUGGAUGAGAGACCCUACUGUUGCAGUGCUCUCAGUGAGGAUCGUGUAACAGCUAUACGGCCUGGGAAGAGGAAUUCAUGUUGGGGAGGGUCUCCACACGUGUGCAGCUAAAGCUUCGGCCAUGGAAAAACCCGAGAAAUCCUGCCCUGUGGAGAAACAGUGGAAGUGUGGCGACUGCGGGAAAGGCUUCCGUGCUCCGUCUGCCCUGGAGGUUCAUCGGCACAUCCACACGGGAGAAGCCGUUCUCCUGCCCCGAAUGCUGUAAGGGCUUUACCCAGGACUCUAUCAUGCUGAUCCACUGGCGUAUCCACACAGGGGAACGGCCCUUCCAGUGCCCGAGUGUGGGAAAAUCUUCAGGAAUUCUUCGAACCUGCUCAGGCACCAGCGGCUCCACACUGGGGAAAGGCCCUUCAGCUGUCCCGAGUGCGGGAAGGCCUUUGUCCGGGCCUCCCACCUCCUGACCCACCAGCGGGUCCACACGGGGCAGAGGCCCUUCAGCUGUCCUGAGUGUGGGAAGAGAUUUACCCAGGCCUCCAACUUGCUGACCCACCAGUGGGUCCACACACAGUAAAGGCCCUUCAGUUGCCUUCACCUGCUCCUCCCGCCUGCGGAGGCACCAGCGAGUUCACGUGCCAUCGCAGGGGGAUUGAAGGAGCGACGGCCAAGUGCCAUUAUCGACUGGACUAUCAACCCAGUUCCAGGGACACCCAGGUUUGAAUUCCACCGCAGCAGAUGGUGGAUUUGGAAUUUGGUCAGAAAUCUGGAGUUCAGAAUCUAACGGUGAAACCAUUUUCGGGGGUUGGGGGUGGAGAAACCCCCAUCUGAUUCACUCACGUCCUUUUUAGGGAAGGAAACUGUCGUUGUGGGAGAGGAUUCACUUGGUCAUCCCAGCUGCAUCCUUUACCCGGUCUGGCCUACACGUGACUCCAGACCCACAACAGUCUGGUUGACUCUACACUGCCCCCCCCCCCCCACUGGCAAAUGCGUGGAGAGAAACUUACUUGGAGACAAGGUAUGGGUUGAAAUUGAGUAUUUGAAAAUCUGAAGACUGAAGUUUCAAAAUCAACAGAUGAAGGACUUAUGCCCGAAACAUUGACUCUCCUGCUCCUCGGAUGCUGCCUGACCUGCUGUGCUUUUCCAGCGCCACAUUUUUUGACUGACUCUCCAGCGUCUGCAGUCCUCACUUUGAUGUCAAUGUCUGACAGUCACUCAAUCCAUCGGGACAGCAACGAUUUUUGAUUGUGAUUUCUGUGAGACGGAUCAACGCUUUUUGGUUCAUGUUUGAAGACGUUUUCAGCAUCAGGUGGGACUGGACGAGAGACCCCACUGUUGAAGCACACUGUGUGUGGAGCCUGAAACAGUUAUACGGCCUGGGAAGGUGAUUUUACAGCAGAGAGGGGCUCUACACGUGUUUGUGAGCAGCUGAAGCUGUGGCCAUGGAGAAACCUGAGGAAUCCCGCCCUGUGGAGAAACCGUGGAAGUGUGGUGACUGUGGGAAAGGCUUCCGUGUACCGUCUACCCUGGAGACUCAUUGGCGCAGUCACACCGGGGAGAGGCCAUUCCCCUGCACCAACUGUGGGAAGGCCUUUACCGACGUCUUCACCCUGCGGAGCCACCAGCGGAUCCACACCGGGGAAAGACUCUUCAGCUGCUCUGAGUGUGGGAAGGCCUUCAGCUAUUCCUUCCACCUGCGGAGCCACCGGCGCGUCCACACGGGGGAGAGGCCCUUUAGCUGCCCCGAUUGUGGGAAGGCCUUUACCCACGUCUGCGCCUUGCGGAGCCACCUGCGUAUCCACACCGGGGAGAGGCCCUUUAGCUGCCCCGGGUGCGGGAAGGCCUUUACACACGUCUCCUCCCUGCGGAAGCACCAGCAGAUCCACACGCGGGAGAGGCCCUUUACCUGCUCUCAGUGUGGGAAGGCCUUCAGCAUAUCUUCCUCCCUGCUGAGGCACCAGCGGAUCCACACCGGGGAGAGGCCGUUCAUCUGCUCUCAGUGCGGGAAGGGUUUCACCCGCUCCUCCCACCUGCGGAGACACCAGCGAGUUCAUGUGCCAUCACAGGGGGAUUGAAGGAGUGACGGCCGAGUACCAUUAUCGAUUGGACUAUCAACCCGGUUCCGGGGACUCCCGGGUUUGAAUCCCGCCACGACAGAUGGCAGAAUUGGUAUUUGUCAGAAAUGUGGAGUUUGGAAUCUAACGAUGAGACCGUUUCAGGGAGGGGGUGGUGCAGGGGAGAAAGCCCCCAUCUGAUUCCCCCUCUCCCUUGUUAGGGAAGGGAACCGCCAUUGUGGGAAAGGAUUCACUCAGUCGUUCCAGCUGCAUCCUUUACCCGGUCUGGCCUACACGUGACUCCAGACCCACAGCAGUCUGGUUGACUCUACACUUCCCCUUCCUGGCAAAGGAGCAGGAAGAAACUUACUUGGAGACAGGGUAUAGGUUGAAAUUGCUGAGUGAGGCAAUACUUCCUCCGGGUUACGGCUGUACCAAGGAUCCAAUUACAAAGGGACAACUUAGUGCUGACCAAUCGUAAAGACAGUGAGGGGGGGGGGUAGGGACAGGGGAGGUGUGGUGUGUGCACUUUCACCUUGAGCUGUUCUAAAAGCAACUACUUUGUCUCUGCCUUUUUGCUGGGGGGGAUCUGAAUCUGUAACAAA